AUGUAUACGUACGUGUACGUGAAUAUGAAUGGCAAGGCUAGGCGCUAGGCAAAAUCACACGUCAUUUAACUUGAAAGCUCCGCAACUCUGCAGGUGUUUCCUUGAUCAGCAAAUGAAAUGUCCACCAAAGUUUGGAGUUUCUGAUCGAGUUCGAACCAAACAUGGCAGGAUCAGAAAUGCUUCGAGUUGUUUGGUGCAGUGUUAGUCUGUUUGCUGCAGUCGUUUUUGCGGUGAAGGAGAACGUGCGAGUAAAUUUGGACAUAGGCAUGGUGAACGUUCACUACCAAAUUCAAGAAGGAAGUCAGUGCGGAUCAAAGCAAACUGCACAGAAACUACUGCAUGGUAUUCCCAAAGAAUUACUGGAGAAAGUGUUUCAAGAACAAAAUUUACAAAGACAGCAGAGGAUUGCACUACAUGUAUCAGAAAACCAAGAAUUGAACCAGUUAGGCACUCCAGGCGUUGCUGAUUACAAGGAGAGUAGCUGUGCUCACUGCGGGCUGAGUGUCACACCGCAUCUCAUGGAAUCAGUCACCAUAGGAGAACUCGUCCAAGCAUGUGAGUCAGGGGAUGCACGCAUGGUACCCGGAGCCUGUGCUAAGAUGGCGGCAUCCUGGGUUGAGGAAACUAACAACCCUAAAAUUGUUGAGACAUAUUCUCUUGCAAUGGUGGAAAAGGGCCUAGUCCCCUUUGCCACAGGCAAUAGGAAAGUGGACCACAAGCUAGCAUAUGGUGUAGUUCUCCUCAACACUGGCCAUUAUGAUGACGCUAUUAUGCACAUGAAUGAAGUGGUGAAGGAACACCCUGACCUUGUAGGGGCUUACCAUACACGAGGCGCAGCAUAUGCAAAGAAGGGUGUUCGGUUUCCCCUGAAUGCAGAAUUGGCCUUACAGGACUUCAAUAAAGCUAUCGAGCUCCUCCCCAGUGCAGAGGAAGGAUGGGAAAGAAGAGCAGAGGUAUACUCAUCCCUUGGAAUGCACAAAGAAGCAAUGUCAGACAUGACUAAAGCCAUCUCCAUCAAGCCGUCUGCUAAGCUGUAUGCACACAGAGCUACGGUCUACUUCAGGGAAGAGGAUUAUGUGGGAGCAACCAAUGAUUUCUUGGAUUCGAUUCGAAUCAACAGACACCAGCCUGACAUAUAUCAUCUCCUAGGCCUUGCCUUGUACCAUCAAGGCAAAAUAAAGGAAGCCAUCAAGUACUACAAUGAAGCCCUCAAACUGAACACCAACUUUGUAGACUGUCUACGAAGCCUGGCUCAUGCUUACAGGGAACUUGGUAAUUUUGAUAAGGCCUUGGAGAAGUUCAACGCAGCCCUGUUGAUCAACCCUAAUCAUGUACAGUCGCUGCAGCUGCGAGGUAGCUUGUUGUACCAGGCAGGUUACCCUAAACAAGCACUGCCUGACUUUAAGGCCUGUACCUCCCUAGAGCCACACAAUAAUGUGUGUCAGUACAUGAAGGGACUCUCCUAUGCAGCAUUGGGCCAAUUCUACAACGCCAUUAAAGUCAGCACUAAGCUCAAAGUACUACACAUGCCUGAGCCUGGAAGCAGUGAGCAAGAUCGUGUCUUGUAUGUCAGAGAGUUUUCCCGUUACCUCCAUGCUCACCUUGAUAUACCAGUUUAUGCGUACAGCAUUGAUGAUGAUCUUGAUGGCGCUAUGAAGGAUAGAUGGAUCAAAGGCAAACCAUUUGAGACCAAAGGAUAUGUGGAAAUGCCAGGCCUCUCCCCAGAAAUUAGUGAUGUUGAGGACCUGGACUUCUUUGAGCUGAGCAGCGCAGCUCAGAAGUUGAUUUGUCGGGCAGCGCCGUUGGGUCGGUUAGGCCAGGUGGAUGCUGAGGGUUUCCUUCCAAACCAGAGGGCUCAGCUAGCCAUGGGACUAGCUAGUAUCCAGGUAGCACAAACCAUGACGACGGUAUGGGAGAAAGCCAGCAUGAAUCGAGUCUUUAGGAACAGCCAGGGUAAACGCUUUGGAUGGAGGGACCUGUUUGACUUAGCUGUCAAAUGGAGGAGACUAGUGGAUCUAGAUCAACCUGUCUUAUGGAUUGACAUGAUGCCAACGUCCAGUGUAGAGGCAGGAUUUAACAAUCACAUGAACCUUCUGAGGGGCCAGGUCUUCAACAUCCGAUUCAGCAAGUACUUUGAUGUUAUCUUCAAUCUCACCAAGAAAAUGGUCCUCCAGCACAACCUUUACGUCAAGUCCUCGCGAGCGGAGGCCAAGUUCCAAUCAGCCCUGGAGAAGGUCAACAACUGCGAGGAUCUACUCAAGCUAGUCAAGAAGCAGAAGGUGGGUGAUGGCACGGUGCCUGGCUUCAUGGUGUCUACUAAGAUAGCUAGCCAGAGGGAAAAGGGCCAUAAGCUAGAAGGAUCCAUCUUCUCACUGACUGGUGACAUUUCAGGCAAUGUGCUGUUUUCCUUAGACACAGCAACAACCAAGCAGCGGACGGAUCAGUUCCACGCAGAGAUUGAUUACAUCUGGAUGUUGCUGACCGAGGAAAUGAGAAAGGCCCACAUAAAUAAAGAUUUGGAUUCGGACUCGGUCAUUCAUCUGAUUCUCUCCAUUGUCUACUACUUCUACAACCUCAUGCCGUUAUCAAGAGGCUCUAGCUCCGUUGCCUACAGUGUGGCCGUGGGUCUGAUAUACGCCAUUGGGCAAGAGGUCACAGGUCACAUACCCAAGGGCAAUAUUGUGGAUGUGGAGGCAUUGCUGUCUGGAGGUCCUGAGAACUUCAUCUCCCUCAUGAAAAACUGGAUGAACAUCCGCGGGAAUCCAUCCAAGGGCAGUGACUUAGCACCUGUGUGUGAAACCUUUCCCACAUUGAGGGCAAUGCUGGAGGCACUGAAUGCGGGAUCCAGAGCCUGCACUAUGGCAGGCAUGUAAUAUGCUCCAAACUCAUAUAUUUUUAUACCAACUCACGGCACAAGUUUUUAUUUUGUGAAGUUUCUUUAAAAAAAGAAAGACUGUUUUUAAAUGGAGCUAGCUUCUUUUUUAAUGCUGUUAUAAUAAAAUGACUGUUUGAUGAAAUUUUUUGUAUUGACUUUAUAUAGGCAGGUGUUGGGGUUUAGGGCCAUUACAUUUUUGUUUUAAUUCCAACCAAUUGUUACUGGUACCUGUGCAUUGUUAAGUACUGAAAUAUCCACGGUUGACUUCUCAAGACAUUCGUGCCUGGGAGGUAAGAUGUAUCCAUUGAAUUGUCCUACUGUGAAAUAUAAAGCCGCUGGUCGCUGAAACUUUGAAGGUUUUGGGUUUUACAGAAACCUUGCAUUGUCAAGUAAAGACAAAUGAAGGUGUAUUUUUACAGUGUUCUCAAAAAUAAUUAUAUCUACUGAGAUGAAAUUUUGACGGGUUAGUUUUGUAAUUACCUGCUUGAGAUUUAUUGUAUUGUUGUUCCUUGAAUCGACAACAAUACCUUUUAUUGAAAAUGGUGUCCAUCACCUGUGAGUGGGGUGCAUGAGUAAGUAGAAGUUGGAUUCAAAUCCCUGCAACCCCCCCCCCCCCCCCCCCCCCCUCCAUAGCACUUUACAGUGCUUAUGACAUUGGUGAAGAAAACCCCUUAGUUCAAUGAACUUACAUCACCCAAGCACGAAAUUCCUACUAGUGUUAAAGUGUAAUGUGCCUCUUUUUUGUCUUGCCUUUAGCAAUGUUAAUAGCAUAUUGGUUGGCGCGGUAAUCGGUAUUUUUUCUUGGUUUCUUCAGGUUUAAACAGUGGUUGAGGGUUCUCUAUAGCCAUUAAGAAAAUAUUCCUGUUUAUCUUCAGUAUAUGUUCAUAAGUUCACAGCGGCUUUGCUCAUUCUGCCCGAUUUGUAAUUUCUUACUUUAUGAUUAAAAGCAGUGUCUUUUCCCCAGCCCUACACUCAGAGCGUGCUGCAGUAGGGUGUGUGAAUGGAAACAUUUUAUACCUUUCUAAAAUUGGGAUCCCAUGAAGCUUACUAGCCUUUAGGUAAGAAACAAAUUCUGCAACCGAAUUCACAAAACAGUGCCUGACUUACACUUUGGGUAGCAUUUACACAACAAAGUUGUCGGGCAGCUGCACAGUAUUCCUACCAUUAAUUUGUUACUUAUGCUACGUACAAAUGACUGCAUAAGUUAUGCCAUUAUUUGUUGUCUCUGUAACAUUUUCAUGAAGUGUCACAUAACUUGUUGCACAACUUAUGCCAUGAAAUGGUGUGUCCGUGGAGUUACUCCAUUAUGCAAAGUUUCAUCAAAUUGGCUGCAGGCCUUUUUUGAAAUUGAAGUCUCCAUGAUACAGGGUAAUUGGAAGCCCUUGGUUUCAGUCAACGCUUUGAUAUGAUGCGUGGACUAUUUGUACUACGUUAGUUCUGUGAUGAACCCCAAAAGAAAUAAGCUUUUGAGACCUUUAUGUGAUUUUCUGUAUGAGAGAGAAACAUUUUCCACCUUAGACUUAAGAUUAUUGAGCACUAUGGAAAAGUAGUUUGAAUCCCUUUAACAAAUUGUGUGUGGAUGAUGAGAAACAGGAAUAUUUUUUUUAAUUGGCUGAUUGUAAAGAAAUAUUUCAGUGUUUAUACAAAUAUCCGGAUUGGCUAUACUUUUGGUCUUCUUGCCUGUAUGUUUUGCUACAUAAAAGCUGGUGCUAUUUUUGUCUGCUGAAAAUCUGAAUAAUGUAGAGAAUGUAAUUAUGGAUGUGGAUUGACUGGCAAAAUGGAUAAAUCAUGGGCAAGUAAUUAAUGUUUUUACUGUAGAUGAAAUAUUUGGAUCACAUUAGUUCUUGAUAGAGGUCACCCCAUAAGGGGUCUUAUAAAUGUUAAAAGUCCAGAAGAGGACAAAGCUGAAUCCCAAGCAAUUCUAGACAGAUUAGGAUUGGGUCAUUCUAUAAGCUUAGGGUCCAAAGUGCGACAUUUUCCUGUCCCUGUUACCUCUUCUUUGUAAUUUGCCAUCAAGUAUAUUUAACCACUUCGCACCGGGAUUAUUUUUUCCGAAAAUUUUGAUUUUUCGCAAAAGGCAAAAUUUUCCAGCCAACUUCUGAUAUACAGCCAAACGCCACAAAUACUGAUUUGUACGAUAUUUUUUGCCAAAACCUUAUAUGUUUCAAUACUCCGGUGUGUGCGCUGGAGCGUAAACUGUACAACAAUAGGCCGUGCACAACGGCCAAUUCAAGAUCAACACGCGGUCCGCCUCCACAGACUUCACAGACUUUGUGUGUGUGUGUACAAAAACAGCCAGUGCCUGUGUACAAAAAUAGCCAGUGUGAACUGAUUAAGAAUGACUUCAUAAGAAUGACUUCAGACAAUUUUGUAUUUGUUGGGUAGGUUGUUUGCUAUUCAUAAUCACUCUAGCAGGAAUGCAUUAAGGAGUGCAUCAGAAUUAUAAAAUCAACGAUGUCAGGAAAAAAAGUUGGACUCUAAAUUUAUAGAAUGACCCAUUUUCAAUGUCAUGCAACACUUGCUAAUAUACAAAUAAUGAAUGUUUGUGAGUGCAAUGGUAAGAAUAAUUUCAUGGGGUGACAGAUGGGGUAAUGGAACAUUCCAUCUGUCACCUCAUGAAAUUAUUCUUUCCAUUGCACAAAUGUGAAACAUUCAUUAUUUGUUUUAUACAACACCUGAAUAAAUCCUCGUCAUCUGAUUGGUCAGAGCCACCAAGAUUGUGACCAUGCAAUGGAACUUUCAUUUACCAUUUAUUUUUGUGGUGCGGCCAGGCCCGCGCAUUGGGACGAAUAAUUCAAUGGCACAUGAUCAAUGACCCACCAAUCAGAUGAGGAUUAUCAGGCGUUGUGUAAAAGGUAAUAUAGAGAUAUCUAUCAUUCCUUAAACAAGGUAGUCUUCCUCUGUCAACUAUUGUGAGAUACCAGCAAGUAAUAUGAGAGAACAAAGUGACCAAUACCCUGUGUGAGUUCAAUCUCAAUAGUAUUUGGCAUACUGCCACAUUUUAACAUUGAAU